AUGGUGGACGAUGAGAACAUGGUGGAGGAUGAGAACAUGGUGGACGAUGAGAACAUGGUGGACGAUGAGAACAUGGUGGACGAUGAGAACAUGGUGGAGGAUGAGAGCAUUGUGGAGGAUGAGAACAUGGCGGAGGAUGAGAACAGAGCGGAGGAUGAGAAGGAUGAGAACAUGGUGGAGGAUGAGAACAUGGUGGAGGAUGAAAACAUGGUGGAGGAUGAGAACAUGGUGGAGGAUGAGAACAUGGUGGAGGAUGAGAACAUGGUGGAGGAUGAGAACAUGGUGGAGGAUGAGAAAAUGUUGGAGGAUGAGAACAUUGUGGACGAUGAUAACAUGGUGGACGAUGAUAACAUAGUGGACGAUGAUAACAUGGCGGAAGUUGAGAACAUGUUGGACGAUGAGAACAUGGUGGACGAUGAGAAUAUGGUGGAGGAUGAGAACAUGGCGGAAGUUGAGAACAUGUUGGACGAUGAGAACAUGGUGGACGAUGAGAAUAUGGUAGAGGAUGAGAACAUGGUGGACGAUGAGAGUAUGGUAGAGGAUGAGAACAUGGUGGACGAUGAGAAUAUGGUAGAGGAUGAGAACAUGGUGGACGAUGAGAACAUGGUGGACGAUGAGAACAUGGUGGACGAUGAGAACAUGGUGGACGAUAAGAACAUGGUGGAGGAUGAGAACAUGGUGGAGGAUGAGAAAAUGCUAGAGGAUAAGAACAUGAUGGAAGAUGAGAACAUGGUGGAGGAUGAGAACAUGGUGGAAGAUGAGAACAUGGAGGAUGAGGACAUGGUGGAAGAUGAGAACAUGGUGGAAGAUGAGAACAUGGUGGAGGAUGAGAACAUGGUGGAGUAG